AUGAAUAAUCAACAGCAUAACUUAUCGAAUGUCACAUCAGAAUAUGAUGAAGCAAAUUGUGUAUUGGAUUCAUCAUCAUCAGUGAAUAAUUACAAUCCGAUUGCCAUGAUCAACAAGGAAAUUAACUCCGAAGAGUGUCGUCAACUGCUAAAGAAAGUUGACGCAAUGCGAGAGAUCUUGCAAAUGGAAAAGAUUUCACUUCCACAAAUCGUUGUUGUUGGCGAUCAAUCGGUAGAUGAACGACAAAUCAUCGCCGUAUCGAAAAUCGAUAAACACGACAAAGGCAUCGCAGAAAAACUGCAAGGAAUAGGACCUGGAUCUCUCUCUCUCUCGUUGGGGUGCGUUGCUGUUCUCAAUCGUAAACAAGAGGAAAUCGAUGCAAAAGUUUCGUUUGAAGAAAUGAGACGACGAGAAGAAAAAUUCUUUCAAACCAAUCCAGCCUUCGCUGACGUACCUAAAGAAUAUUUAGGUAGCCGAGAAUUAAUCAAAAAAUUAGUUUCGAUUCAACAAGAUAGAAUUCGAUUUACGCUGCCACUAGUGAUCGAAGGAGUCAAAGAAAAAAUUCAAAUGAAACGAGAAGAACUUAAACAGAUUCCAGCAGCGAUUUUGACGGAAACGGACACGAGAAUUGCUUUCAACGAAAUUCUCCGAAACUAUCGUACAGCUGUUGAACAACGUGCGAAAGGAGACUACGAAAUCAAAUCUGACCAAGUGACGGAGGCUUUCGAUCCGCAGGCGCGUGAUAAAUGGGAUCAUCGAAUCGCCUAUCAUCUUAAGAUGAUCGGAAAAUGGGCUUCGAAUGAGAUUCAUAAGAUUUUAUCGAGUUUUUCUUCACAAAAUCAGGGUGCCAAAGUGUUGCAAUCAAUCGAGGAGAAUUAUGGCGGUGGUUUACCGAAUUUUCCAUCGUCCAAUAUUAUUCAACAGCUGUAUCAGCCGUAUCAUAAAAAACUUGAAACGCCCUGCAAAUCUCUGGUUGUUUGGGUCGAACAAUACAUGACCAGUUGUCUUGCUUAUAUUUUGGAGACAGUUUUACCUGCAGAGGCGAGUUAUAAAGUGCCUUUGUCCCGUGAGUUGAAUAAAAUAAUCAAAGGUGUUAUAGAAAACAGUAAAGAAAAGUGCAUGGAAAACGUCGAGCAGAUGUUAAAAAUGGAAGAGAAGGUCUUUACUGUCAAUCCGUACUACAUGGCGAUCUUUAAGAAUAUGAAAACCAGCGAAAGUCAGUCAAAUCUUCAUUAA